AUCAUGAUGAUCACUUUGUGCUGGUGCAUGGUAUCAGUGGUGGAAGCUGGUGUUGGUACAAGAUCAGAUGCUUGUUGGAGAAUUCAGGCUACAAAGUCUCCUGCAUAGACCUCAAAGCCUCCGGAAUCGAUCCAUCCCAAGUCGAUACCAUUCUUUCUUUCCAAGAUUACAACAAGCCUUUCAUGGACUUGAUGUCUUCCUUGCCUGAUCAUCACAAGGUGAUAUUGGUAGGACACAGUGCAGGAGGGCUGAGCAUAACAGAGGCAACACACAAGUUUGGAGAGAAGAUAAGAUUAGCAAUCUAUUUAGGAGCCACAAUGCUAAAAACUGGGUUUUCCACAGAACAAGACGUCAAAGACGGAGUGCCGGAUUUAUCUGAAUUUGGUGAUGUGUAUGAAGUAGGGUUUGGGCUAGGGACAGAUCAACCUCCAACAAGUGCACUUGUCAAGAAAGAAUUUCAACGCCAAAUUAUUUAUCAAAUGAGUCCUCCAGAGGAUGCAACUUUAGCAGCAAUGCUUCUAAGACCAGGCCCAAUUAAAGCAUUAGUAUCAGCAAAAUUUAAUGCAGAGGACGAUAUGAUUGACAAGGUGCCACGUGUAUACAUCAAGACGGUGUAUGAUAACGUGGUGAAACCGGAUCAACAAGACGCGAUGAUCAAGAGGUGGCCCCCAUCGGAGGUGUAUGUCUUGAAGAGCGACCACAGCCCAUUUUUCUCCGCCCCUUCUCUCCUUUUCGACUUGCUCGUUAAGUCCCUUCAUCAUGCUUCUUCCAUGGAGCCCAUCUAGUCUAAAACUUUGGGUUUUGAUUGAAAAAAA